CACGUACUCACACAGUAAUAGUUAACUCCAAGAAGCCACCAGCAGCCGGCCAGCUCCAGGCCAGCACCUCCUCUACUUCUUCUUCUGCUCUAAACCCCAAGAAAUUCUGGGAGAAACAGAACAAAUUUCAGGUCAUUGGAAGGGAAAAGAAAGAAAUCCAACUAAGGGUGUGUUUGGUUGGGUGUAAAUUAACUGAUGGGCCAAGAGAGCAAUUUUACACCUCAGAAAAGACCAGGGACGCUUCCUACGACAGCAGCCGCUGCCACCGCGAAUGGCGGCGGAGGAGGAGGUAGAAGCCACUCCUCCUCGGUAGUCCCACGCGGGAGGCAGAUCUCCAAGACUUUUAACAAUAUAAAGAUAACGAUUCUAUGUGGGUUUGUGACAAUCUUGGUGCUGCGUGGCACCAUUGGAUUUGGGAACUUGGUUUCCACCGAAGCUGAGGCGGAAAAGGAGCAAAUGAUGGAGGAUAUUAACCGGAUCCUUGCAGAGAUCCGGUCCGACGAUGAUCCGGUUGAUCCGAAUGACCCAACUUCGACGGUGGAUGAUGAGGUGGUGGUUGUUGAUGAUAAUUCUAAUGGGACCUAUUCGCUGGGACCGAAGAUUACAAAUUGGGACGAGCAAAGAAAGGUAUGGCUGUCGAAAAACCCCGAAUUUCCUAAUUUUGUCAAUGGUAAGCCUCGGAUUUUGCUUGUUACUGGCUCCCCUCCCAACCCUUGUGACAAUGCAAUUGGGGAUCAUUAUUUGUUAAAGGCAGUCAAGAAUAAAAUCGACUAUUGUCGGAUUCAUGGGAUUGAGAUUGUGUAUAAUAUGGCACAGUUUGAUAAGGAAAUGGCGGGAUAUUGGUCAAAAUUGCCUUUGAUUAGGAGGUUGAUGUUGUCUCAUCCUGAGAUAGAGUGGAUUUGGUGGAUGGAUAGUGAUGCUUUGUUUACUGAUAUGGCAUUCGAAAUCUCGGUUGCUAAGUAUAAUGAGCAUAAUUUGGUUGUUCAUGGGUAUGAGGAUUUGUUGUUUGAGCAGAAGUCAUGGAUUGCAUUGAAUACGGGUAGCUUUUUGCUCAGGAAUAGUCAGUGGUCUCUGGAUUUGUUGGAUGCUUGGGCACCAAUGGGGCCUAAAGGGUCUGUUCGUGAUGAGGCCGGGAAGAUUUUGACGGCUAAUUUGAAGGGUAGGCCAAAGUUUGAGGCAGACGAUCAGUCUGCUUUGAUAUACUUGUUGAUUACAAAGAAGAAACAGUUGAUGGAUAAGGUGUUUGUUGAGAGUUCGUAUUAUUUGCAUGGUUAUUGGGCGGGGUUGGUGGAUCGGUUUGAGGAGAUGAUUGAGAAGUAUCAUCCGGGAUUGGGAGAUGAGAGGUGGCCUUUUGUUACACAUUUUGUUGGGUGUAAGCCUUGUGGGAGCUAUGGGGACUAUCCAGCUGAGCGGUGUUUGAAAAGUAUGGAGAGGGCUUUCAAUUUUGCAGAUAAUCAAAUUUUGAAGCUAUAUGGUUUUAAGCAUAGGGGCUUGGUGAGCCCCAAUAUUAAGAGGAUCAGAAAUGAAACUGCUACUCCACUGGUGUCUGUAGAUCAGUUUGAUAUCCGACAUUCAAGGCAGCAUAGCAGUUGAUCCCGUGGCUAGGGUGUUCCAUCUGGAAGAAUUUAUAGUGUGUCUGUGUCACUCUAAAAGAGGAGCAGGUUGAAGAUGCUAUACUUGUAUGGGGAUCAUGGAAUGGAUGUCAUGAUGUGACGUGCUGGCGGAAUUGUGCUUAUUACACUGUUUUUGUAAAGCCAAAAGAAUGGUGAUAGAAAUUUCCCCUUUUGAACUUCCAAGAUCCGAAAACGAAGAUUUUAUCUUUUUAGUUUUUAUCCAUUUUCUUGAAAGAUAGAGUAGACCUUUCCGAGCUAUACUAAGACAACCUCAGUUGGAAAAACUACAAUGAAAGUAUUUAAACGGGUAGGAUUGUCCAGAGGGUCUCAAGCAGUAUAGCUGACGGUGUUAACCUCCCUGAGGUGCCCUGUGGCAGCAUACUUGUAUGAUCUGCAAUUCGUUGGAUUUUAUUGAAUUCUUUGCUAGGCAAGAAAAUCAAAGAUGGUGUAUCAUUCACAAGGUUUCUUUGAACAAUUGAUCGAUACGUGUAUCCUCCUUUUCCCC